GGAGUCGUGUACGCGUCUAUAUAUAGAGGCAAUACGUACGCCUCGCCGAACUCUCUAGAGAGAAGCUGCUGUGAGAAAGUCAAGCCCUCCUCUCCUGUGGGUUCUCUCUCUCUCUCUCGCAGAUUCUCGUUGGUAGUGCUGGAACAAAAGGGCUUUUGAAAGUUUGGAUUGACAAGGCGGCCUUGCCUUGGAUUGGUUUUUAUUGUAUAAGAUGUACUUUUGGUCAUCAUCAUACCAAAAUGCAGAUAUUGAGUUGGAUUUUACCCUCAAAUGGACGCCAAGAAGUUCAUGCAGUUGGUUGAGGACAAAAAGAAGAGAGUUUUGGAGAAGAAGCAAGCCCCCUUGAAAUGGGAGCAGAAGCUUGAAGCUGCUGCCAAAGCAAAAGCUGAUGCUGAAGCCAAAGAGAGGAAGGCAAAGGCUGCAAAGCAUAAGAGAAGAUCUGUGACAGGGUCUGAUAGUGACAGUGAUAGUGACAGCGGUGAUGAGAGGAGAAAGUCCAGUAAAAGGACUCACAAAAAGCAUAGGAAACACAGCCACUCUGACUCAGGUGAUGAGAAAAGGAAGGACAAGAAAUCCAAGAGAAAACCAAAGAGACGAUCGGCCAGUUUAAGUGAUGGUGACGCCGACAAAGAUGAAAGUUGCUCAGAAGAGGAGAGGAGGAAGAAGCGAGGCCACAAGAAGCGUAGGCAUCAUGAUUCAAGCUCAGACUCAGACUCUAGUGCUUCAGACUCUUCAAGUGAUGAGAAUGAUGGUGCAGUCAGAAGAAAAAGUCACGCAAAGCAUCAUAAACGUCAUAGGAGAUCAGAUUCUAGUGAUUCAGAUUCUUCAAGUGAUGAGGAUACAGGAAAAAGGAAGAGUCACGGAAAGUACCACAGACGGCAUCGACGAUCUCAUAGUCAUGACUUGAAGUUUGAUUCUGAUGACCACAGAUGUGAUAGGAGGAGCCAAUCUUUGGGAAAGUCAUCCGAUGACAACAAUGAAGAAUCAGGUAGAGGACAAAGAAACGGUCAUCAUCAACAUCAUGGCCAUCGUCACCACCAUCAUCAGCACAGGCAUAGGCGUCACCACUCCCAUGAGCCAGCCCAGCAGGUACCUGAACCAAAUGGAAACCUCUCAGCUGUUGCUCCUCGAGAGGUAAAUGUGAGUUACAGUGGUGGAGCUCAUCAAAUUCAAAAUGCUUAGGUAGGUUUUUAAGGGAUGCUGAUCAACUUACUGGACCGGACCUCUUUAUUCCAUUUGUGUUGAUUUGUCUUGCAUGUGGAGAACUGAUUUUUGUUGGAAACUAUCAACACUUGUUUAAGCUUCUUGGAACUUUCUUAGUGGUGGAAUGUCCAAUUAUGUUUUCAGAUCAAAUUAGGCUGUCCAAUGUCGCGAUUUCCAUGGCUCUGUUGCGUUAUAAAUUUUCGCUGUAUCACAACUACAGCA